AUGAAACGCCGGCAAAUACGAUGCUUAAACCAGGUUGAUACUCUGUCAUCUGAUUAUGAACCACCAAAUAUAAGCACCGCCGCUUCGGUUUUCAAAGAUAGCACUAAAGAACCAGAAAAUGAGAAUAUUGAAAUGAAUCUGAAAGCUUCAACUGAAACUUUCAGAAAUGAUGACAACAAACAGAAAGAACAUGACAACACAAAGGUGUCAGGUCUACAGAAAACUUGGUUUAAAUUCAGAAGAUACCUCAGUAAAGGCAAUUUAAACACUUUGCCUACAGUUAAUAAAAAUAGUUGCAUGCUUGAAAAAGCUGAAUGCAAUGUUGAUAAAAUCAUCAAUAAAAAUGAUGCAACAUUAAGCAGUAAUAACAAUGUUGCUGAAAUCAAACAGCCUAUAAUAAAAACACCAGCUAAGGAGUUGAAAAUACCAGAUUUGCCUGAGUUGGAUGGCAACAACAAUGUUACACUCAUAAGAUCAAAAAAUUCUUCAAAACGUUAUUCCACUGAAAAUGUUGAAAGAUGGUUGAAAUAUUAUCACAGUGAUAAGAUUGGCAAUAAUAGUUCAAAUAACUUCCUUGAGAACACCACAGAAAGUAGAACAUUUCACAGAUCUCGAACAUAUGGUAGUCAGCAUCAUCAACGAUCUCACAGGAAAUGUCACAGUAGGGAUAAUUCAGAACUGACAUCUUCAAAUUCAUCUCCUGAACAUCAUACAUCUAAAACAUUUCGACAAAGCAGAAAGUGUCAUCUGCAGAAUCCAGCACUUCAGUUACCUUCUAUGAACAACUAUCCUGUCAUCGAUCUCAACAACUACAGGCUUUCCACUGGAUACCAAAAAUAUGCCAGCAAGGAAAACAAUUUAAAUAAUAAAUUAACAAGUUCUAAACCAGAUGUCAACAACAAUUAUGAAACUGGAAUAAAGAACAAAAAAGUGCCUGCAGAUGUUACUUCGUCUUACAACAAUUUGAACCCGAGUCUACUUCAGUUUGUUUCUGAAUUGAUAGAUGGUCUUGAAAAGAUGCAAACCAACGACAGCACGGUCAAUCCGCCAACAACCAUUGAACCGACAUGGGGUACAAAUUAUUCCACCAAUAAAAGAGUUCCAACUACACAUCCCAUUCUAAAUGAUGACACCAAUGCAGGCAGAUUGAGUAAUGUUACUAAAGAUGAUAGCACUGAAACAAUCAAAUGCCAUCAACACGAUGAAACAAGUUAUAGAAAUGUGAUCAACGUUCAUGAAACUUGUAGAGGUGACAACAUGAAUAAGCACAAUGUUCAAGCUAAGAAAGGUAGAAACAGAGCAAGUUACAACCAUGUCUUUAGAGGCACUGAAGAUUAUGACGACACUUUACAAUAUUACUUCAAAAAGAAGCAGUCCAGGCACCUCACAAGCACACCUGACGACAGCAACAGGCAUAUCAUUGAUCAAAACUUUUUUAUUGCUGGAAAAAUUAGCUCUAAAGAGAAAAAUAAUUAUGUUGAUUAUGAGGACGACGACGUUUUUGACAAUUCAAUUCUCUUGACAAGUAGAGAUAGAAGGAUGUCGUUGAAUGAGUUUUCAAUACCAAGCUCCAACAAAAAUAUAAAAAAUUUCGAUUGUAAUGUGAUUAAUAAAGGCCACAACAACAAUAAUAAUAAAAAUAAUAAUAAUAAUAAUUUCAACAAAUAUCAUCUGAAUGAAAACACGGUCAAAGUGGAGGUGUUUGAUGUGGCGCCAUCCAUUGCUGCCUGCCUUAGUAACAAUGGCCUGAGGUUGAUUCUGGACAAAAAACGAGAGGUAGUCUUGGACUUCAACAUCAAUUCAGAUCCUACCGAACUUGUACAUGAAUUAAGAGUUAUUCAGGAAAAGGCCAAGAUUUCCCACAGCAAUGUAUUUGGAAUUCUUGAGCAUGUCAUCAAUCUACAAUCAAGGAUGAUCCAGAAAUUACAAUCUGAUUUGAAAAACGUUGAAACCGGUGGGGGUAAGAUGGUUAAAAGAAAAAUUUAUUCUAUAUCGCGCAUACUUUACUCCUCAAUGUCCUCACAAGCCAGUUAUGAAAAACCUGACCAACACACUCUCAAGGGUAUAAUGCAAUUUACUUCGACUAAAUGCGUAGAGCGCCAGUCUGUCAUGAGUAUGAAGAUGCACCGUUAUAAAAAGAGAUUAAACAAAAACCAUACAAUGGCGUUAAUUCAGAUCUAUAUUUUGGCAGUCAUAGGAAAUUAUUUUUUAUUAGUGAAAUAG